CAGGGGCAUAAAAUACCGCGUGUAUUAUGAAAUAAACAUGCUUUUUCGUGUCACAGGCACUUUAAAUGACUUCCACACAUAGCAAAGGUUACUAUCUAGUUAUCGCAAUAUCCGCAAUACCCCUGUGUCUAGUCAGGUUUAGAGUAAAGAAUUGGGCUCUUUUUUUUGGACAAUAUUCCAUCAGCUUUAGAAAAUAUUCUUUCACAAGGCACAGAUGAAGCUGGGGUGCAGAGUAAUGCGAGUGGCAGUUUAUAUAAAUUUGGGUAGGUAUUUUAUAUGUGUCCCUCAGUAUACUAAUGGAUUGUUCAUUCUGUCGAUGUUUGGUUCAGAUAGGUACUUUUGGGCCUCCAGGGUUGCAUCAGCAAGGGUGUUUGGGGAUUAAUAAAGUUUUUCUCCCUUACCUUAUUGGAAGCAAUCAAAUCGUAAUGUUCCCAAACAGGCGAGGAUCGCCUUUUUCGCGCAGGUUCCAUCGCAAGCAACGGACAAGGCUUGAAAAAUGGAUUGGACAAGUUGCACUGUUGCGCACAGGUGUAACAAGUAUAGGAGCCCGAAAUCCACAAAAUGUGAGAUAACAGGCGAUCGCCAUUGCGUUUUGCAACCAAUUUAUACCGUAGUCUGUACUGUGUUUGCAAUGCGCGAUAAACGUCGGACCAUUCCCUAAGCAUGAAAGAGAUUCAGCCGGCCGGCAAGGCUUUACACGCCACAAAUUCCGGGUUUUGCCGAAAUGACGCGCGCCUCGAUACAUGCUUUGUGGAAACGCCCCUCCCAUUACUCGACACAAGCUUCGGAACCUCGGCCCAUUUCGUCCCAUCACUACUGUAAUCUUCAGAUUGGAUAUUACUUUCUUCAGAGAUUCUUUCUCCAUUCGAGGUUCUCCCGCGAUUAUCUUCUUGAAGUUCUUCUUCUGUCACAACAAGGAUGUUUAUGCAGCGAAUAGGGUUACAGUGGUGAGUAGCGCCAUCUACUGUCAGAGAGUUAGAAAAAGAAACGAACGAGUCUCGGCCCAAAAUCAGAUCGGUGUUUUUUUUUGCAUGAGAAAUUGGAUGUGUGGCGUGUGUGCGUGAGAAAACGGGCAAUUGCGUGUGUCUCACGCUCAAAGCGUGAAAGUUGGCAGCUAUGCAUUCGUUUGGAUUGUUUAUCCAGCUAUCAAGUGCAACUUUGUAUGGGCAGAUUUGCAAGCCAAUAAACGCUAAUUUUAAGUUGUAUCGCCUCCUCGCGUCUUUCGGCAGUGACUCGUGAUAAUAAUGUCAUGUUUAAGACGUUUUUAUGGAAAAAAGACGCAAAACACAGCUGAAAUAUAUGAAUUUCAGACAACGUUUGUAUACUGAUGUUUACCUGUGCGUGCCCCCAUCUCAAAAUGGCGACACGUUGCUAUGCAAGAUGACGUAAUCGUGACAUCACGCCGACUGCGAGAAUUCAGUUAAGGGUCAAGGUGAACAUUUGCAGAAGAGUCAUUUGUGCUUCGUGCAACUAAUGGUGCCCAUGUAGAAGUGUAUUAAAAGAGGUAAAAAAAUUAAAAAAAAAUUAAAAAACUUCAAUAAACGCUGAAUACAAUAGAACAAAUCUGAAUAAAAUAUCUCAUCAAUUGCAUUUUUAAUAAAUUUUUGAAAUGGUAAAGAGACUUUAUGGACACCCUUACAUACCUGAGUGAUUUCGUCAAUACAUUGGUCUGGUUCAAACGUCACUGUGAGCAAUUGCAAAUAUAUUCCAUGCUACUAAGCUCUCGCUGAAAGUACAAUUAAAUACAGCAGGAUUACGCAACACAGAAUUCAAAUACGUACAGUAAUAAUAAUCCAUAACACACAGGGAAAUGGGGACAUGGGGGGAAUAGUUCCAUGCUCACUAUUCGCCGUUAGAGGCCGACAUUUGCAAACUCAACGGCAACCGAAUGCGAUUAGUCCACUAGGUACCGGAAGUACUUUAGGAGCAAAUCGUCAUUUCCGGUUAGAGGAUUGUUAUUCGUUCGUCUAUAGGCCAUCUUUCAAAAAUAUUCUGCGUGUUCUACGAGUUUUAGCUGCCCCAGGUUUGCAUCCACGAACUUGUUUGGGGAAAAUAACAAUAUUUACAGUUCUGGUUCCAGAAAGCAGCAAAAAUGUCUGCAGAUAUGGACUUGUCUCCCCCGGAAGUUCCUGAACCAACUUUUCUUGAAAGCCUGCUCCGCUACGGCCUCUUUCUUGGUGCCAUCUUCCAGCUCAUUUGCAUUCUGGCAAUCAUCGUGCCCACCUCUAAAGGGCACGAAAAGGAGGAGACCGAGUCCACUAACGGCAAGGCAGCGGACCAUUCGAAGAAACCCAAAGCGUCAGUGCCUCAAAUUAGACCAAAAUCUAAAAAGGAAAGCAAAAAGAAGCGAUAACUAUGCGUCAUCACAGAACUUUGUGUGUCAUUUUUUUAGUCUGUAUUUCUCUUCUUUGCCACUCCUACAAAAACGUCAGUUACUAAAAUUGACAAUGGCUUUUGUCUGAAUAAGCAACGACCAUUUCUAGUUUUUUUCUAUCACUUUGUUUUUUAAAACAAAUAAUAAACUUUGUAGCAAACAUCAAAGAUAAACGUCCUUACUCAUUUUACUGCAAUUUUGAUUAUGUAAUGUCCUGACUUGUCGUAAUAGCUGUGUCCCAAUACACGAGACACCCACAGAGACACGUAUAAGAAAACUGAAAAUUCUCAUGACAGUAUUGGGUACAAUCUAUGGAAAAGUAACGUUGAUGUCAAAACCCUGGAGUGAAGAAUCAAGACACAGCUAUUGACUAAUUUUGAAUGGCGUAACGUCCUGAUUAGCUUUGUCGUUGUAAUAGAUUACAGCACGUCAGUUAUUGUUAAUCACACAUUUUGUUGCAGUAAGUGUGUAAAAACGGGUUUUUCUUGCAUUUGUACAUAUUGUUGAGUGUUUUUUGUGAGGUACUUUGUACAACAAAGCGACUUGCAGUCAUUGCAAGGUGGAGAUAACUGCAUCGGGAGGGAAUAUGACUGCGCUGUCCUCACAGAGAGGCUAAGGCUCAGUCCUGGCUAUACAGCUAGCUAAACUCCCAAAUGACGAUGCAGAAGACCUUGGUAUAACUUGCUGACUUUAUUCAACCAUCACUUGAAGAGUGAAACUAAGAAUAGAAAUGAAACAAAUCAAUUUCAUCCCCAAUAACAAACAGGUUUGCAUCAACGUAAAUCAGCGAUGAUUAGCUGCUAAUAACAGUAAUAACAAAUGGUUAGCAUUCGUUCGCUAGCAUUAGCACAUCAUUCAAACCACUACACAACUGGAUUUAAGUGUCCGAUCGCGAGUGGAAACACAAUAACAACAACACAAAAGAUGAUACAUACAGGCGUUGCCUCUGUAGAUAUUAACAUUAACAAAGAACAUAGGCUCGUAGAAGUGUUUCCCUCUCUCUUUAACUCGCUCACUCACUUGGAUGCGGCAUUUCUUCUUCGGGUGUAAGUGCGCUGUUCUUCACGGGAGCGUGUUCUUCUUCGCGUGAGGAAGCGCAAGGGCGCCCCCACUUGAGCGUGUAAGCGCCACAAAAACUAAAAGGCAUGCAUUUCAAUGUAAUGGUAAAUAAUACGCGUUAACCCAGUAGUCCCCAAACUGCGGCCCGCGGCCCAAAUACGGCCCGCGGCCCAAAUACGGCCCGCCUCCACAUUUGGUCCGGCCAUUUUGAUUUUUUUUUUUUUUUUUCUCAAUCGUGUUAUUUAUUUCCUGGCCUUUUCCUUGAAGAAUUCAGAGAGGGUUAUUUGGUUGUUAUCUAUUUAAUUAAUAGUGUUUUAAUUAUUAUUAUUAUUAUAUUAUAUUAUUAUUUUUAUUUUGUUUACUUUCAUUCCGUGAAGAAUCCAGAAAGGGUUAUUUGAUUUUGGCUUUCUGAAAAACAAUAAUUUUUUACAUUUAUGCAUUUCUGCAAUCGUCACACUUUUUCUGUUACAAACUGACCCCGGCCCCUCAUCAGAGAAGGGAAAAGUUAUGUGGCCCUCACAGGAAAAAGUUUGGGGGCCCCAGCUUUAACACAUAUUGCCAAAGGCAGAACAACAACCUAUCUGCCAAUAUAUACCAAU